GGGUCCAGCGCCGCUUGCCUGCCCGCCCGAUGUGCACUCCCGAUUCCUUUAGGUUCUAAGUCCAAUAUGGCAACUCUCAAGGAUCAGCUGAUUCAGAAUCUUCUUAAGGAAGAACAUGUCCCCCAGAAUAAGAAUACAGUGGUUGGUGUUGGUGCUGUUGGCAUGGCCUGUGCCAUCAGUAUCUUCUUUUUUUUUUUAAUUUCAGAUUUUUUAAAAAAAUUUAUUUAUUUUAUCUUAAUGAAGGACUUGGUAGAAGAGAAACUGAAGGGAGAGAUGAUGGAUCUCCAACAUGGCAGCCUUUUCCUUAGAACACCAGAAAUCGUCUCUGGCAAAGACUACAAUGUGACAGCAAACUCCAGGCAAGAGGGAGAAAGCUGUCUUAAUUUGGUCCAGUGUAAUGUGAACAUCUUUAAAUUCAUCAUUCCUAAUAUUGUAAAAUACAGCCCAAACUGCAAAUUGCUUGUUGUUUCCAAUCCAGUGGCUAUCUUGACCUGUGUGGCUUGGAAGAUAAGCAGCUUUCCCAAAAACCGUGUUAUUGGAAGCGGUUGCAAUUUGGAUUCAGCGCGGUUCUGUUACCUCAUGGGGGAAAGGCUGGGAGUUCACCCAUUAAGCUGUCAUGGGUGGAUCCUUGGGGAGCAUGGAGACUCUAGUGUGCCUGUAUGGAGUGGAGUGAAUGUUGCUGGUGUCUCGCUGAAGAAUCUGCACCCCGAAUUAGGCACUGAUGCAGAUAAGGAACAGUGGAAAGCAGUUCACAAACAGGUGGUUGACAGUGCUUAUGAGGUGAUCAAACUGAAAGGCUACACAUCCUGGGCCAUUGGACUAUCUGUGGCAGAUUUGGCAGAAAGUAUAAUGAAGAAUCUUAGGCGGGUGCAUCCGAUUUCCACCAUGAUUAAGGGUUUGUAUGGAAUGAAAGAGGAUGUCUUCCUUAGUGUUCCUUGCAUCUUGGGACAGAAUGGAAUCUCAGAUGUUGUGAAAGUGACUCUGACUCCUGAGGAACAGGCCUGUUUGAAGAAGAGUGCAGAUACUCUUUGGGGGAUCCAGAAAGAGCUGCAGUUUUAAAGUCUAAAAUCAUACCACUUCCCUGUCUAGGCUACAA